AAUCCUAUGCGAGCAAACGGACAUUUUGAAAACGUUGGCGGCCUGAGUAGUUUUAAAGUCAAAGCUGGGCUCUCAACGGUUUUAAAAUUAAAACCUUUAUUUGUUUCUGAAAUGCAGAAUAAGGAAAAUCAUGAACCCAGGGGUCUUCAAAGACAGUUUGCACCCCCAAGUGUGACUGGGCCACAACGUGUUCUUGUGAAGCCAAAAGUUGAUUCAGAGAAAAGUUAUGUUAUAGGUCCUGGGAGAGAAUGUGCUAGCUCAUCUUCAAAUUCACCCCCAAAGAAACUUACAAUUGACGACUUCGACAUUGGUCGACCUCUUGGAAAGGGCAAGUUUGGCAAUGUCUACCUCGCAAAGGAGAAGAAGCACCAAUUUGUUGUGGCGCUGAAGGUGUUGUUCAAGUCCCAGAUGGAGAAGGAAGGUGUGGAGCAUCAACUAAGAAGAGAAAUCGAAAUUCAAUCACAUCUGAAACACCCAAACAUCCUGCGAUUCUACAAUUAUUUCCAUGAUCGCAAGAGGGUUUUCUUGAUUCUGGAGUACGCUCCACGUGGAGAAAUGUACAAAGAACUCCAGAAGUAUGGACAGUUUGAUGAUCAGCGCACUGCAACGUACAUGGAGGAGAUAUCUGACGCACUGAUAUACUGCCAUGAGAAGAAAGUGAUCCACCGUGAUAUCAAGCCAGAGAAUCUACUUCUUGGUUUUCGUGGAGAACUGAAAAUAGCUGACUUUGGUUGGUCUGUCCAUGCACCUUCUCUAAGACGUCGCACUAUGUGCGGGACAUUGGAUUACCUUCCUCCUGAGAUGAUUGAGGGACACACUCACAGCGAGAAAGUGGACUUGUGGUGCAUUGGAGUCCUAUGCUACGAAUGCUUAGUUGGCAACCCCCCCUUUGAAACAGCGAGUCAUUCAGAAACUUACAAGAAAAUUAUGAAGGUGGAUCUGAACUUCCCCAAAGUCAUCUCUGAUGGUGCACGGGACCUGAUCUCAAAGCUGCUCCGUCACAACCCCAUAGACCGUCUGCCUCUUCAGAAUGUUAUUGACCAUCCAUGGGUGAAGGCCAACUCACACAGACUCCUUCCUCCCACCUGCCCUACGAAGAAGCCCUGAGCCCCCUCACCUGCGGCCUGUUUUCUGAACGUUUUUAACUGUCCUUCUAAAGGUUCUGCACUAGUCUUAUCACUGCCAUGAUUCCGGUGCAUUUUGUAACUGGGGAUACAUUAUUCUGAUAAGCAGUGGAUAUCUGCCUCUUUUAGCUGAAACCUUUCAAUAGGAGUUUUUUUAAAUUAAGGUUCACUUCUUUUGCUUCUAGGUAAAAAUGCAUGAUUAUUGUAAUUGAUUAAAUUGCACCUAUUGCUUGCAAAUGUAACAGCUUUUUUUAAUACAAAGUUUCUUUUUUGUAUUUCUGCUAUUUACGUUGGUGGUUUAAUUGUUGUUCAGUGUAUUCCUUUUAAGAUGUUGUAUACUGCCUUUGAAUAAUAUGCAAGUAUUUUCUCCAGAUCAAGAUUGGGUUUUUGUAGCUCAGAAUGGAAAGCAUGCAUAAUUUUAUCUUCUGUUAAAAGUUUUUAAAAUGAUAUUCUUUACAGUAAACAAGUUUGUACUAUGUUAAAAGAUUUUUUCUUUUUAAAUGGCACAGACACCUUUACAUGUGUCUUUGCAACACAUGUAAAAGUUAACAGAUUUUUUGUUUGUUUUUGUGCUUAAAUAUGUUAAUCAACUUUGAUCUUUGUAUUUAAUAUAGCAGUUCCAAUAAAGUUUAGUACUAAUAGUGACAGCAAUUACAGAAAGCUGUCGGCAGUCAU